AUGCACGCACAAAGCCCUUUAACCGGUAUUGGCUACGGCAUGACCAUGUCUGGUGACAAUAGUAAUUUUCCCUCUGUACCUGAUGCGAUGUUUGAGUCCGCUGUUGACUGCUUUGUGUGCGAUAAGAAGUUUCACGGCUUCCGUCGCAAACAUCGCUGUCGAUCGUGUGGUAAUGCCGUCUGUGGUGGCUGCUCGCGGACCCACAAAGUGAUGCCAAGCACCACUAUCGUCCGCUACAAUAACGAGCCUGUGCGUGUAUGUGACCGCUGCAUUCGUGAUCAGAAUCAGUUGAUGAUGGAGCGACGACGUGCGGAAGAUGUGGAGAGAGCACGUGCACGCCAAGUCGCGGUGUUGGAGGAGGAAGAGCGUCAACGCGAGGCGGAACGCAAUCAAAGGGAACGAGAAGUGGCAGAAGCGCAGACUCGACGUGAGAUGAGACUGCGCGCAAUUGAAGAGAAACAUUUGGGCUCUCGUCCGAACUUACGCACGUUGCGGUCCAGAUAUUCGAGAAGUCUGGAUGACUGUGCACAAGAUGCCCCGGCUCGGUCACUUUACUCGAAAGAACUAAGCUCGUUCCUUGAAGACGCUGAGAAGAGAUCCGUUGCGUUGGUUGCUAAGCCGUAUGCGACUGGCGAGAUUUUUGAAGAUAAAGAAGAUUUGGAUGGGGCAAAGACGGUGGAGACUACGGUUGUUCAGGAAGCCGAAGAGUGUGCCAUUUGUCUCGAGACCAUGGAUGUUGGAGACGCGAUUUAUACGACAGCGUGUGGACACAGUUUUCAUUGGAGCUGCCUUAAAGAGAUCCAGAAAUCGGACUCAAGCAACUACGACAAGUGUCCGUCGUGCCGUGCUACCAUGACAGAAAUGCAGGUGAAAAAGCAGUGUGAUCAUCCGCGCGUGCGACUUGGACAUCGAUUUUGCCGCGACUGCGGCGCCUCUGCCACAGAGAGGGAUGCAAAACCUCGAAUUGAUGACACGACGGCUGUGAGCAGCUCUGGUAUGCGAAUGUCGACUCCUUCCGGUGCGUCGAACUUGAAUCAACCGGUGUCGUACAGUGCCAACUCGCACGGUGCACUUGUGCGUUGUCCACAGUGCCAUAUACAAAUGCGGGUACUGCCCCAUAUGUAUAAUAUGCGCGUGGCAUGUCCGUCGGGCCACAUGUUCUUGGUUCAAGUUGCUGGGCAAGCAGGAAGUGGCGGUAGUGUACGCGGCGGUUACGGCAUAGGAUCGCGAGGUGGAUUGGGUGGCUCAAGGAUUCCCCCGCGUGGUAUGAGCAUGGGCUAUCCGGGCUCAUACCAUCGCUCCACAAACGCCUACUCCGAGCUGUAG